GACGCAAGGAGUGGGAGCUGGAAAGGGGCGUGGCUGUACCACCCGGCCGUACCGUAUCGCAGCAGCGAGGUACCGCACUCACACGCAUCAGUCUCUCGGCAACCGUCGGCUCAGCGGAAUGUCUAUGCAUUCACAGCUCCGUGCAGAGCUCUCUCUUCCGUUUAGCUACUUUUUUUUAGUAGUGGUGUUCACUAUAGGGUUCUUGAUUGUGUCUCAGUGGUGCUUUAGUGCUCUGACGUGGGUGUCAAGUGUCUCCAAAGUGGAAAUUAUUAUUUAUCAUUUUGUUCUACAAAGUAAUAAUGACAAUAAUAAUAAUUUUGUAAGCACGCUAAACAUUUGCUACACAAGAAUCAUGAUCUAAAAUCAAAAACUUUUUUAAUAACAUCCUUAAAGUGUAAGUAUCAAUACUUCUUUUCCACGAAGCAGCCUUAUUUUUUGUACCUGUCCAUGAUUCUAUUGUGUUUGUGUUCUGUGCCUCAUUCUUUUUCUCUUCUGACUGUGCUCCCUGUGGCUCAGGAUCUGAGACUAUUUCUUAACCUCUCCGGGUCUCCGGUAUUUUGUUUAUGUUUAAAGAAUUGUGGAUUAGAGGUAUUUGGGUAAUCAGUUUUUGAGAGAAUUAUCCUUCUUGAUACAUCGCGUAUUUUAGUCUAUUCUGAAGUUCUUCCAAUAUUAGGCAAGCAAUCUAGUACUAGUAUGAAGCCAAAAACUGAUUUGGAAUCAGACGAUAAGCCUUUCAUAAAAUCGGAAGAAACCUAUCCUGACUAUGUAGCAGAUUGCGAUAGUAUCAUGAACCAGAAUGGAGUUAACCAGCUAAAACUAGAGAAUCAGUUAGUAGUUGAAGUUAAAUCUGAAGAACCAACUGUGAACAGUACAAAGUUAGAAAAUGGGAUGAAUGAAGAAUUUGACAUCAAAUCUGAAUACGAUGAAGAUGCCUUAUCUGUUUUAAAAUGGGAUAGGAUUAAAGUUGAAGACAUUUUGGAGCCUGGGAUUGAAGCUGACUGGACGCCAGAUACAGUUAACCAGAUGAAAAUGGGGUUUCAAAAACUGGAGGAAAAAACACAUAUUGUCAGCACAAAUUUUGCAAACACGGACGCAUUAGGGCUGCAUGAAGAAUUUGACGUCAAAACUGAGUGCGACCAAAAGGACAGACAUGAUUCAGCGACCAAUAGCGCACAAAUAAAGGGAAGGUGGAAAAGGGAACAAACAUGUUCACAUAUGGAAGAAGGAAAAAAGUUGCCAAGCUGCUAUAUUUGUGAUUAUAUGAGCCAUUGUAAAAAGGGUUUGAUCGAUCAUAUCAAAAGCAACAAUUCUCACUUAGGGUCCAAUUUAGAAAAAUCAUGGUCCGUUUUCAAAAAAAAGGAUCGACUAGAUAAGUGUUGGUGUACCAAAUGUAGUGAGGUGUUCAAAACCAAAAGGUUACUAGAUAGUCAUGUUAUUAGGAAGCAUGCCGAAUCUAUUGCAUUAAUUUCAUCUAAAAUACAUGAAUGUACGUUAUGUGAUUUCAAAACCGUUCAUAAAAGUCACAUAACCAGACAUAUGUUGAGACAUGCUGCUGUUUCUGACCUGCACAUUUGCAAACAUUGUAGUGCGUCAUUCAAAAGAGAGCAUUCGCUCUUUGACCAUAUUCUAAAGAAACAUCCCAGCUUCAGCAGGACAAUUUGUAGUAAGAUAUAUGAAUGUAUGCAUUGUGCGCUCAAGAGAACCACUAGAAAUAAUUUCAUAAAGCACGUGGCAAAACAUGAUGCUCGAAAGACUUUUAAGUGUCUAGACUGUGAUGCUUCAUUCAAAGAUAAACUACGUUUAGAGAACCACAUUCUACAGAAACAUUCUGAGUUUGCUGUAUCUGUAUCGUCCAAGGUUCAUGAAUGUACACAUUGUGAAUUCAAAACUACAUACGCUCGCAGUUUAGCUGUACAUAUGAUGAAGCAUACUGGAGCUAAGUACACUUGUAUAAACUGUGAUGCACAAUUUAGAACCAAACCAGGGUUAGACAACCACAUUUUGCAGAAACAUUGCGAGUCAUCUGCUUCUGUGUCUAGUAAGAUACAUACAUGUAAACACUGCGAAUAUAAAACAACACACCUGCAGCAAUUAACUACUCAUAUGAUGAAACAUACUGGAGUUAAGCUCACGUGUACAAAGUGUGAUGCAGCAUUUACAACUAAACAAUGUUUAGACAACCAUACUUUACAGAAGCAUCCUGAGUUUACUGCUACUGUGUCUCAUAAGAUACACGAAUGUAUGCAUUGUGAAUAUAGAACAACACACAUGCAAAGAUUAAACAUGCAUAUGAUGAAACAUACUGGAGCUAAGCUCGGGUGUACAAAAUGUGAUGCGUCAUUUAUUAAGAAGCUGUCAUUAGACAACCAUAUUUUGCAGAAACAUCCUGAAUUUAUAUCAUCUAUAUCUCAUAAGAUACAUAAAUGUACACAUUGUGAAUAUAAAACUACACACGGGUACUCUUUAGCUACGCAUUUGAGAAAACAUACUGCAGCUAACCUCACGUGUACAAAGUGUGAUGCGUCAUUUACAGGCAAACAAUCGUUAGAUAAUCAUACUUUACAGAAACAUCCUGAGUCUACUGCAUCUGUAUCCAGUAAAAUACAUCAAUGUAUACAUUGCGAAUUCAAAACGACACAAAAAGGCAAAUUUACUAAUCAUGUGAGGAAACAUUCACAGUCAUAGUCAUAAAUAUCGCAUAAAAAUCACGAAAGAUGACUAUUACGUCAUACCAUAAAUUGUACUGAAGUAAUCAAUGCACGUACGUCGAUGAUAAAUAAUCACGAUUUCAGGAACAUAAUGACAACAAAUAUAUAUUAUGAUUUUGCGAAGUUAGGUUAUUUCACUGAUUAUUUAUAUUUUCAUUUUAUUUAAUGGUUUUGAGUGAUGCCUUAAUAAUAAUUUUAGUGGCGAGCUUUUGUUUUGAAAAAAAAAAACAGUUAUGAGUAGAACACGAAAGACCAAAGCAUUAUUAGAAAACAACCUAACCUGCUUUAACAUAACCUAACUACUCGUCUUUCAAAUAUGAUCGAUCAUGCAACAUGGAAACAUCAUCUAUCUUUGUCGGAUAUAUGCAAAUUAGCAAUACACUUUGUUUAGACAAUAAAAUUCUGUACGUCUCUGUCUAACCUAUCUAAAACUUCAUUUAAAAUAUUCACAUGUCGCUGUCGUUUGUCUUUACUACAAACUAAAAUGAUGACGUAAUCUUCAUCUUUCGUGAUUUCGACUAUAUGCCCUUUUAAAACAACUAAAUGGUAUUUUAAGUUCUUAUUGAGGCAAAUUAUAAAUGUUUUACCUAUGCACAAGGGUUUCGUUCUGCGGGAUUAUUUCAUUUAUUUGCAGAUAUUAUAGUCCAACUUCUUGAAAUGUAAUUUUUGGCAUGUGUAAAUUCUGGGAAAUAAAUUAUCUAUCUAUUUAAUGUAAAAUUGCUAUUCUGUGCUUAAUGAAAUUAUGACGCAUAUCAGUGAAGACCGUUAAAGUAGAAUGGAUUUCUGUUUCAGUGCACAAAUAAAGAAAAAGCGGAAAAGGAAAACAUAUUCACAGAUCGAAGAAGGAAAAAUGUUGCUAAGUUGCUACGUUUGUAAUUAUACAAGCUAUUGUAAAAAGCGUUUGAUCGUUCAUAUCAAAAGGAACAAUUGUUACUUAGGAUCUAAUUUGGAAAAAUCACGGUCCAUUUCCCAGAAACAGUUUCGACUAAAUACGAGUAAGUUUUGUUGUACCAAAUGUAAUCAGGUGUUCAAAAGCAAAAUAUUACUAGAUAAUCACGGAAUUAGAAAGCAUGUCGAAUCUAUUCAAUCAAUUUCAUCUAAAAUACAUAAAUGUACGAUAUGUGAUUUCAAAACCGCCUAUAAAUGUCAUUUAACCAGACAUAUGUUAACACACACACAACAUAAUGCUUUUUCUCCUGUGCACAUUUGCGAGUAUUAUCAUUCAAAACAAAGCAAUCGCUCUUUGACCAUAUUUUAAAAAAACAUCCCAACCUCAGCAGGACAGUUUCUAGUAAGAUAUAUGAAUGUAUAUAUUGUGCACUAAAAACAACCUAUAGGAGUAGUUUUAUGAAGCACAUGGCAAAGCACAAUACAACAACACAAAAGACUUUUGAGUGUUUAAACUGUGAUGCUUCAUUCAAAACUAAACUGGGUUUAGGCAAACAUAUUUUACAGAAUCAUUCUUACUUUGCGGCAUCUGUAUCUUCUAGGAUCUAUGAAUGCACGCAUUGUGAAUAUAAAACAACAUAUGUGCAGAAUUUAAGCAUGCAUAUGAUGAAACAUUUCGGAACGAAGUUCACGUGUACACAGUGUGAUGCGUCGUUUAUGAAGAAAGUUUCGUUGAAAAAUCACAUUUUUCAGAAACAUCCCGAGUCUACCGCUUCUAUGACGUCUAAGAUACAUCAAUGUAUAAAUUGUGAUUAUAAAACUACAUAUGGGCAGCAUUUCGCUUUGCAUGUGAUGAAACAUACUAAAGUUAAGCUCAGUUGUACAAAGUGUGAUGUGUUAUUUACAUCCAAAUGCGGCUUAGAUAACCACAUUUUGCAGAAACAUACUGAAUCUACUGGUUCUGUGACUAGGAAGAUACAUGAAUGUACACAUUGUGAAUAUAAAACUACAUACGCGCAGUAUUUAGCUAACCACAUCAUGAAACAUACUGGAGCUAAGCUCGCGUGUACAAAGUGUGAUGCUUCAUUUACAGGCAAACAAUCGUUAGAUAAUCAUACUUUACAGGAACAUCCUGAGUGUUCUGCAUCUGUAUCCAGUAAAAUACAUCAAUGUAUACAUUGCGAAUUCAAAACGACACACAAAGGCAAAUUUACUAAUCAUGUGAGGAAACAUUCACAGUCAUAGUCAUAAAUAUAAGUAUUGUUACUUUUACUGAUGAGUUAUUAUGAGCACGCACAAGAAACUAAAAAAAUCUGGUUGAGAUCACAUUUCACUCAAUGCGUCAAAUUGUAAGUUGUUUAGAUAACCACUCUUUACGAAGCAUCCUGAGUUUACUUCUUCUGUGUCUUGUGAGAUCUGCGAAUAUUGUAACGUGACAUUUAAAUGCAAAUCGACAUUUGAAGAUCACGUAAUAAAAAAACGUGCGGUUAUUAUUUCAUACAUGACAAACCGAGUGGUUACCAGUUGGAGAUUGAUAGAUAGAUUUUCUUUAUUUGCUUAAACAACACUUAUAUGUUUUAGAAUUGUCAGAUUAGAAUACAUUCCUUAUAAAAACGAACAAACAGAAUAAAGUUGAUCAUAGUUGUAGUCACCGCUCUUGGCGGGUCAAAGGAAGACUACCAGUAUCCAUUUAUACAUAUAUCUCCAUCUCCCUCAUACAUACACAUGCAACCUACCCCUGUAGUGUGUGAACGUUCGGUAAGCUCGAAGACAUACGUUUUUUUAUUGUCUCCGUCUCGAAAACUUUGUCGUUACGUAUGAGUGCUCUUCAAUCAAAUUUGUCAGAGAGACAACUUACUUGACAAUUUCAGUUGUCAGUUAUCAGUCUUCAAUAUGAAAUUGUACAAUGUCCGGAAAUACGAUCAAUGGAGAAGGCCGACAGCUCGUGCUAAAUCCAUUACAGUAUUCUCAGGAAGAGAAUGGAAACAGCGGUCCCCUGUGUUACCCACUUCAUGCGUACUGGUGAGAGUAGCAGAUGCGCUGAUCUGCUUACUUAUUUCAUAUGGCAUUGAUGACGUAACGCCAAGAACGGUGACUACAACUAUAUCUAAAAGCAUACCCAUUUUUAAUUCAUUAUUCUUUCCCUACCCUGGUUUGCUUAGUGAACCAACCUAUGCAACUACAAAGUGCUGGUAAGUAUUCAUUUAUAUCAAAAACAAAUAAUUCUUUAAUAGAUGUUAGAACAUUUUUUAGUUCAAUUCGAAACGUAUGAAAAGCAAGCAAUCUCAUCCUGAUUGGAAGGUGAUUGUACAGCCUUAUUGCCAUAGUUAUACAAGUCCCUGUUUCUGGUAUUAUGGGAGUGAGCAUCUUUUCAAAUUGGGCUGACGUAAUGUGUACGAGAGGGAGAAGCGGCCGAAAUGUAUGUUGGAAAGAGUGCGCCGAUGGCGUCCGUGACUCGUCAUCCGUCGCUAGCUCGCUAGGCAAUGAGGUGAUUCUCUUUCUAACACACGUAUUGCACGCUUCUCGUACCCAUACGUGUAGCUAGCAGAAACAUUUUA